GACUCUUUACUUCUCCCUUUAGGGCAUAUAACAGAGUGAAUACAAAAAGUGUUUCAACAAUCCAGUUGCACUAGCUUCCUGUUCAAGAGUGCUUUUAAACAGGUGAGGAGAGUGAAAAAGUCUAGUUCUUUUCAGAGGAGGGUAUUUGGGAUCCUUGGGAAAGUGGGCCACAAGUCCCUCUGGUGAGCGGUUCUUUUUCUGGGGCGAUGACGUGUAGGCGGCCCGGAUUGGGAACAGACGCCAUCGUCCAUCUGUAUCUGAGAAGGGGCUGUGGAGCGGUGCUGAUCGUAGAGAUCUGCAGGAGAGAGAUCAGAAAGGCUGUAAGUCUGCCCAAGUCUGAAACACUUUUUGGAACGGGAGAGAUCUGUCAAAAAAAGCCCUUCUGGAGUACAUCUUAGGGACUGAGCAGAGAGGGCAUUUCCAGGGAGGCCUGAAACCUCCCCCCAACAGACCUACCUACUGCUGCCUGGGGACCACCACCUCCAAAUGCAAAUGACCUUCUCUAAUGAACUGCUGACUGUUGUGCCUCAGACCUUGUAAUGGAAAAUCGUGGACAAAGUGCUUAUUCCUGGGUAGAAGGAGCAAGAGAGGCCCCUCUGGGGCUGGAUCAUGGGACAGAGCCUUCCUAUUGAGACCCCAGCUCAGGACCCACACCAACACAUCCACCACAGCGAUGAUGAAGUUGACCACCAGCACAACACAAUCGGGGGAGAGGGGGGCAAUGUGGGGGAUGACACCCCUACCUUGCGCAAGGGCAAGGGAAAGUUCUCUACCCUUGGAAAGAUUUUCAAACCAUGGAAGUGGAGGAAAAAGAAAAGCAGCGAGAAGUUUACAGAAACUUCAGAAGUUCUGGAGAGAAAGAUGUCGAUGAGGCGACCAAGGCAGGAGCUUAUAGAACAGGGAGUGCUGAAGGAGCUCCCGGAGAAUGUUUCUGUGACAGAAGGGGAUGUUCCUCUCAGUCCUAAACAACCUUACGUGAAGAAUGGCCACACCCUGCCCAUAAGUUCUGGUGGUGGGGGCGGCGGGGGCAGGGGGCAGGAGAACCAGCCAAGAACCCCUUCAGACUCUGGGGUGAACCCCUCAGACUUCAGAAUGAACCCGGAUUGGCUGCCCCAGCCAGAGGACCGCCGUGUCCGCUUCCCAUUAGACGGAGAACGGCGUGGUGGCCAGGUCAUCCCCAAAGGCCCGGGACAGCAAGAGGAGACACGGCGAGGAGGGGGAGCUGGCUGGCCCCAGGGGGAGGGGGAGUGGAAAUCUAACUUGGCCUGGCAGGGCCAGGGGAUGGGACAGGGGCUAGGGGUGGAAGGAAGACGCGGGGUCAGACCAUACCCUUCUGAUGGAGAAAAGAGGACAGGACUUCAGAAGGCUCCAUCAGAAGAUGGAAGGAGUCGCCGCCCUGCUGAGGCCGAAUGGAAGCCGAUCCUGCCCAGGCGCUCUUCUGCAGAGGAGGGGCGGACCCUGAGAGAGUCCGACGGCCACUUUGUCCCUGACCCAGAUUCGCUGCAGGACACUCUCCGGGAGCCAUUGCCCCCCAAACAUUCUGUCCCACCCCCCAAAUGGCUAAUGAGCUCAACCCCUGAGCCCGGCAACGAAGGGUCACCUCGCACCCCGUCCAAUCAUCCUGCAACUACGCACUCUUCCUCCUGCUCUGCGCUGGCCAAACCUUCCCGAACUGUCUCCUCUGCAGGCGCUAACCCACAGUCUUCAGCAAUAUUGUCCCUUGCACCACCCUCCACCCCUCAGGCAACCAAGCAGCCCCCCCCUCCCCCGCCCAAACCUGUCAACAGGGGCGGAAACAUGGCCAAGUUGGCCUCCACAAUACAGGGGGGUGAGAACCAGAACAACUCCCAGCUGCCACUCUACUGGUCCUGCUGGAAACGUGAGGGCGACUACGACGUCUACCUGUCUCUUCCCGUCUACCUGUGCCGACGGGAGGGCAGAGGCCUGCGCUCAGGCGACCUCAUGCAGGCUGGCGGCGGUAGCAGCCUGGUGCCAGCCAAGCCCUCGCCACCAAUGCCACCGAAGCGGACCACCCCGGUGACCAAGCGCACCCCGGAGGAUGCCUCGACCCAGCCUAUUUCCACCCCCUCCCCGUUGUCUUCUGAAGACCGCCAGAACAGCCAAUCAGUGAGCUUCCAGCUGCCUUCCCCUCCUCCGUCGCCGCCCUUACCAACGCACACACCCCCCUCUCCCCCCCGCCAGCAUCUGCACACACACCACCUCCACCAUCAGCACUCCUACCAACACCCCAUCCCCCAGCCCAUGCUUUUCGACCCUCCCAGCCCCACCAGCGAGUCCCCCCAGCGGCCAGCACCUGUGCCGCUGCACAUCAUGAUUCAGAGGGCCCUCUCAAGUCCCGGGCCUGCCCAGCCACACCCCGAUGGCUUGCAGCGCUCAGCCCACUCCUUGCUCUUCGAGACCCAGUCCGAAUACCAGGGGGACCGCGGCCGCCCACUAGCUGUCAGUCUCCAGCCCCUCAAACUGGCUGAAGAUGACUACUCUGAGGAAGAGGAUGAAGAGGAGGAAGAGGAGUAUGAUGGAGAGCUCCCCCAGCCAGAGCUGGAGCCACGGAGCAGGAGGUGCAUGGUAGGAGAACCCAGCGUCAGCGUCAUCCCGGAAGGACCCAACAGCAGUGAGGAGGAAGAGGAUAAUGAGGAAGAGCAGGAACUGCAAAGAGACGACAGCGACUCGGACGGGCCAGUGCUCUACAAAGAUGAAGAUUCAGAUGAAAAUGAGGAGGAGGAGUCUCCACAGAGUGGUUUGGCCAGCAGGGUCAGAAGGAAAGACACUUUGGCUUUGAAACUAAGUAACAGGCACACCCUGGAGAGGCAUGCUUGGGAGGACCAGUCCAGCAGCCACACUGGAGGACACAUUCCGGGACACACUCACCAAGGGUCAACUGGACUGACCUGGCAGAGCAGGGAGCAGUGGGAGGCCAUACGCACACAGAUCGGCUCCGCACUCACAAGGCGCCUCAGCCAGAGACCCAGUGCAGAGGAGCUGGAGCAGAGAAACAUCCUUCAGCCCAAGAACCAUGCUGACAGGCAGGCAGAGGUCCGAGAGAUAAAACGCAGGCUCACCAGGAAGCUGAGUCAGAGGCCCACAGUUGCUGAGCUACAGGCCAGAAAGAUCUUGCGCUUCCACGAGUAUGUGGAGGUCACCACAGCCAAUGAUUAUGACCGACGGGCGGACAAGCCUUGGACCAAACUAACACCUGCUGACAAGGCUGCCAUUCGGAAAGAACUCAAUGAGUUUAAGAGUUCUGAAAUGGAAGUUCAUGAAGACAGUAGGAUAUAUACAAGGUUCCACCGGCCUUAGCCUCCACUGGGAAAGCACUUACUUAGCAGGUGGCCACCCGAGUCUCUCAAAACCAGUCACAGGGUGUUGGUGCACCCUAAACACACCACUCCUUUAUGUUGCUAAUUGUGCUGUACGGAUCAGAAAAGGCCCUGGAACAGACUAAACGUAACACAGAUCCCCCUAGCUUAGCACUCUGCCACUACUACUAAUGCAGAGCUGAUGUGUGGGGUGGAGUUGGGCUGAAGACCUGAUGCAGUAUUUUCCUGGACAGUAGGGGGAACCAUGUGCCAACAAACAGGCAUGAUCGAGAAGGCUGACUGGGAGCCACUCUGUCAAGCUUGGCAUUACUCAGAAACUUGGUUCCGCCAACGUUUUCCCGCCUACUUCUAUGUUGCCUUUAUUUCUUGCUUUUACUGUAUAUACCACAGAACUAACCCAUGUUGCGGACAUCUAAUAACAGUAAAGUAAUAAUGAUAUGAAUAAUAAUGACAAUAAUGAACACAGUAAUAAUACAUUUCAGACUGGAAGGUGUGGAAAGAGGCGUGGAAAAGGCAACUGGGAUUUGCCGUUCGUGAGACUGGAAAAGCUCUGGGAAAAUUGUUUUGUAUGUGUAUACUUGUGUAUAGAUGGCUGUGAAUUCUUAGACUGAAACUGAGAGCACUAAUAAUGACAGAACUGUUACUCCACAAUAUUUUUAUUUUGUAAUUUUUAUCAUAUUCGAUUGUACCGUUUUAUAAUUUGCAUUGUAUUUAUGACCGUUUUAUAGUUUGCAUUGUAUUUAUGGCCCUGGCGUGGGGUGAGUGUUUGAGCUGCAACUUGUCAUAUGAGAGAACACAAGGUAGAUAGUUGGCAUAAAGUGUGCUAAUUUGUUUAGCAGCCAGAAACUGCUCUCCAUGCUGACAAUAGAGUCCAGUUUUUUUCCAUAUCACCUUUUAUUUCAUUUAGCUGCAUGAGCCAACACAGUGCAAUUAUUGAACUCAUAGAUUUUUGUAGAUUGGUCAAGCAAUGCAAUUCAAAUAAUUACUGUUUUAAAAUGCUAAGAUCAUCAGGAUGGCAUCUUAAAUAGAUUUUUAGAUCUUUACUGAAUGUCUCAAAGUGCAGUUAGAGUAGAUUGGGCUUAAUUACUCAAACAUAAUUGAGUGUAUUUUUCAGUUGACAGGGAAUCAUUUCGGCAGGAACAUACUUUUAUCUGUGGAUAAGUUUAAUCAUGCGUUAUCUUCUGGCCAGCUGAUUACAGGGUCAUGUACUGUACAGAUUAAUUUUGGUUUUAACAUAAUAUUGUGUAUAUCUUGUUUUUCUUAUUAUUUGAGAAUACAUUUGAAAUAUCAUUUUUAAGUUUUAUAGGUUGCUUGCUAUUUUAAGCACAAAUAUUAGUGAAUGAGAACAGGAAUAUUAGGGUACCUGUUCUGUUUUACUCAGUAGUUUUUUUUAUGUGGACUUUUAGUAACUGACAGUAUCUUUCUGUAUGUAAAUAGUCAACUUAAAAUCUAAUUAAAAACCUUAC